UCCUGGUCUCACGUCUGUAGCAACCCAGUUAAUGUGUUCCGAAACUAAAGAGAACAAAAAUCUCACAGCUUCGUGACGCAGGCUUCAGACAACUACAGCUACUAGUACCUGAGCAGAACCACCGAAUAGUCUUUUAAAACGAGCUUAUAGGACUGAAGAGCCGGAAAACGCAAAGGUUGUAUACCAUUCAUUCAUCGUUUGAAUCGUUAGCCGAUAUGCUAACCCAUUAGCCAGACAUCGUUGGCAAACAAACAGACGAUUAGUAUGAAUGAACCACACUCUAGACCGACCUAGACAGCUACCUGGAAAAUAUAGACAUACAGAUCUAGUAUUUAAGACAUUAAACCUUUAGAUAACGUUUGAACGACAACGCGUUCGAAUAGUUCACGUACGAGUCUUUUCUUCCUUUGUUGUAUUUCGUCAGUUCAGGUUGCUAGUCUAACACUACUGCCCCCUACUGGACAUAACAUUACAUGUGUUUUUGACAAAGCCCGUUGCUUUUUAUCUUAUCAGGCUGUGUUUUGUUCUUUUAGCAUUUGUGUUAAUAAAACCUGACAGACAUAUUGGAUUUUUUUUUCAUUUCUGUUUUUAAUGUCUAAAUGUGCCUCUGGUUCAGGUAGUUUGUUUUUGUUUUCCAGUUAAAAAAAGGCAAAUCAGAAGCCGACCCUUUCCUGCACAGCUCCAUCAAUUUAGUACGUUUACAGCAUGGAUUAUGUUUAUUUUACAACUUUGGGGCUUUAGAUUCAAGUGUAACGUUUAGAUUAUUGAAUUUAGAUUAUUCUCUGCCAUUGCUCUGUGACUAUUUGUGACAUAGUAUUGAACAGCAACAUCCAUGUUGUUUGCGUCAUGUGUCGCAUCGCUCUCCAACAGCUGAAAUUCCCCACAAGAGCAUCGAUCUUGCCUCGUCUUGUCUGGACUUGUCUUAUCAGUACCUUCCCUUUUGUUUUUCAAACGUAUUUCCACACUGAAUCUCUUAUUUACAGAGUAAUUCAUUGCAGCACUUACACUGUAGCAAGUACUUGUCAGAGAUGAUACAAGGGGUUGUCUUUCUGCAUCCGUAGGAACUCACAAACGCUCUUUAUUGAAAUCAACCAAACAGUGAACACAGCGAAGGCAUAAAGCACAACAGCCACUUGAAUUAUGGUGCCCCAACAUCUGAAAACCACCAAAUGCAUCAUGGGUAGUCAACAUCACUGCUGAAUACAGCAGUCCACCUCUCAGUCGCUACAAUACUUUCACAAAAAUAAUAAAUAUAUGCAGAUUUCUUCUACCUUUUUUGGGGAGGAAAAGUCUAUUAAAAAUAAUAUCUAACCGUUUAAUAUUCUUCAAAAACUUGAGACUGUUUUGGUGUUCGGCUUUAUAGGCUUGUUAUUUAUCCGCGUGGUUAUUAUAUUGUUUAUUUUUACUUCAUAUAGAUGCGUUUUAAAUCUAAUUUUGAAACGCACUCGAGACGACGCUGGGCAACAGAUGAUUGACAGACAUUACGGAGGAAUGGAUUUGGCGCACAGAUGUCGACAGAUUGAAAAAGAAACUGGGAAAUAAAGGAGUGCACCUCCGACGAAAACAAACGUAUGUGUUUUAAAACACAUUUUACACUUUUCAUACACCAAGUUUUCAACCGAAACAGCGUGGACAUUUUAAGGUUGAAUAUUUGUCCGACGUUUCCAUUGAAUCCUGAAGCCAUCCUUUCCCCUCCCCGUGGCCCAUGACGUCACAACAAGCCUGACAACUACGUGUUGCGGGGCUCGGUGAGUUUAUUUCCUGAUUUUGUUUUCAUCCUCGAGGCAUCUUCACCCGCAUUCCACGGUGUCGGUACAAGGCGUGUCAUGGCGCUGACCAAUCUUUUGGGUCCGAUGUAUGCGGAUUGGCCGGUGCAUCACUGGCUCGCGCUCGUCUGUUUGUUCGCGGUCGUCCUGACGUUGGUCAAGUCACUGAGGAGAAGAAGGGAACUCGCCAAACGCUUCGAAAACUUCCCCGGACGUCCUGCACACUGGUUUUUCGGCCAUGUCCGCGAGUUCAAGCAAGAUGGGAAGGAUUUGUUCAGGGUGCUGGAAUGGCAGCGCAACUUCUCUUAUGGCAGCCCGAUGUGGUUCGGCCCUCUCGUCUGUUUCCUAAACACGCACCAUCCUGACUAUGUGAAAGCCAUCCUGACCUCCACUGAACCGAAAGAUGAUUUCGCCUACUCCUUUGUCAAGCCAUGGAUCGGCGACGGAUUGCUGGUGUCUAACGGACACAAAUGGUUCCGCCACAGGAGGCUGCUGACCGCGGGUUUCCAUUAUGACAUCUUAAAAUCAUACGUUAAAGUGAUGUCCGAUUCGGCCAUGACCAUGCUGGAUAAAUGGGAAAGUUAUGCUCGCUCUGGUCAGCGUCUGGAGCUGUUUGAGCAUGUCAGUCUGAUGGCCCUGGACAGUAUUUUGAAGUGUGCCUUCAGCUACGACAGCAGCUGUCAGACGCAGAGCGGUACAAAUACGUACAUCAACGCAGUGUAUGAGCUGAGUGAACUGACCAACCUCCGCUUCAGGACCUUUCCGUACCACAACAAUCUGAUUUUUUAUCUCAGUCCUCACGGAUUCAGAUUCAGGAAAGCUUGCAGGAUCGCCCACAAACACACAGAGGAAGUCAUUCGGAAGAGAAAAGAAGUAUUAAGAGAAGAGAAGGAGCAGGGAAAAGAGCAGACCAAGAAACACUUGGACUUCCUGGACAUUCUUCUCCUCGCAAGAGAUGAGACCCAGCAGGGAUUUUCAGACGAAGACAUCCGUGCUGAGGUGGACACCUUCAUGUUUGAGGGCCACGACACCACGUCCAGCGCCAUCUCCUUCAUCCUCUACAAUUUGGCCAACCACCCAGAGCAUCAGAAGCUCUGCAGAGAGGAAGUGAUGCAGGCUCUGCAAGGGAAAGACACUUUUGAGUGGGAUGACCUCAGUAAAAUCCCCCACACGACAAUGUGCAUCAAAGAAUCGCUCCGUCUGUAUCCUCCUGUGCCGGGAAUUUCAAGAAACCUAACAAAGACGUUGACAUUUCCAGAUGGAAGGAGUUUGCCAGCAGAUACGCGUGUUGGAAUUAGCAUAUUUGGGCUUCACCGGAAUCCUACUGUUUGGGAAAACCCUUCUGUGUUUGACCCCCUGCGUUUCCUGCCGGAGAAUGUUUCCAAGAGGUCGCCACAUGCCUUCGUCCCCUUUUCUGCUGGUCCAAGGAACUGCAUUGGUCAGAAUUUCGCCAUGAUUGAGAUGAAGGUGGCGGUGGCUCAGACGCUGCGCAGAUUUCAGCUGAUAAAAGAGCCUGAUUUUGAACCCUUGUUGGUCACUCGCCUGGUCCUCCGCUCUCUCAACGGCGUCUACAUCAGACUCAAGCCGCUGGAUGCUGCCGAGUGAGGAGAUGCACUCCAGCUAGCAGAAUCACUUUUGCCUUGGAACCUUGUAGUUUAAAACUCCAAAAGUCUUAGUGAUGCACUAAAAACUGACCUUUCACACUCACUCUUGAUCACUGACCGCUGUGUUAAAAAUUAACAAAUAUUUACUGGUCCUUGGAGAAGGAUCAGUGUGUGUAAAGGUGAGGCACUUGCCAAUUCAGUUUGUGGUCUGGUGUCUUCAGUUCAAUGUUUAACGUGAGAUCAACUGCAAUAAAUUUUUUUCCUUGGCUUUUUUUUGCAA